AUUUCCACUUAACUACGCUCAUCGUGUGGCUGCCGUCGUUUAUCGUGCGUGAUACAGUUAAAUGAAGACAAGUCAACACAACACUGAAACAAUACUCAUUCGAGCGAGAAAUGUUGUGGUAGUUGGCUGUGUUUUUUGGAUAAGACUUUCUUCCUACCCCGGUAGUGAAGGUAGCGAGUGAGGCGCCAUGACGGCUACCUUCCCCUACAGAGGGGUCCCUCCUGGGAUGCCACCAGGCGUACCCCCUCCUGCACCAGUCCCAGAUUUUAUGACUGAGGAAAAACUGCAAGAAAAAGCAAGAAAAUGGCAGCACUUACAAGCAAAGCGCUACUCAGAGAAAAGGAAGUUUGGCUUUGUGGACGCUCAGAAGGAAGACAUGCCACCUGAGCAUGUUCGCAAAAUCAUCAGAGACCAUGGAGACAUGACCAACAGAAAGUUUCGCCAUGACAAGAGGGUGUAUCUCGGUGCCCUGAAGUACAUGCCCCAUGCUGUGCUGAAGCUGCUAGAAAACAUGCCAAUGCCUUGGGAGCAGAUCAGAGAUGUUCCAGUCCUCUACCACAUCACUGGAGCUAUUUCCUUUGUGAAUGAAAUCCCCUGGGUGAUAGAGCCAGUCUAUAUUGCUCAGUGGGGCACCAUGUGGAUCAUGAUGCGUCGUGAGAAGCGUGAUCGUCGACACUUCAAGAGGAUGCGUUUUCCACCCUUUGAUGAUGAGGAGCCACCGCUGGACUAUGCUGACAACAUCCUUGACGUGGAACCUCUGGAGGCUAUUCAGAUGGAGCUGGACCCUGAGGAGGAUUCAUCUUGCGUAGAGUGGUUUUAUGAGCAUCAGCCUCUCAAAGACACAACCAAGUUUGUGAAUGGCACCACAUACCGUCGUUGGCAGUUCACACUGCCUAUGAUGUCCACGUUGUAUCGGCUGGCCAAUCAGCUGUUGACUGACCUGGUGGAUUUCAACUACUUUUACCUGUUUGACCUGAAGGCCUUCUUCACAUCAAAGGCCUUGAAUAUGGCCAUACCAGGGGGGCCCAAGUUUGAGCCGCUUGUCAGGGACAUCAACCUCCAAGAUGAAGACUGGAAUGAGUUCAAUGACAUCAACAAAAUCAUCAUUCGACAGCCUAUCAGGACUGAGUACAAAAUUGCCUUCCCCUACCUGUACAACAACCUGCCACAUCAUGUUCAUCUCACCUGGUAUCACACACCAAACGUGGUGUUCAUCAAGACUGAGGAUCCAGAUCUUCCAGCGUUCUACUUUGACCCUCUGAUCAACCCCAUUUCACACAGACACUCAGUCAAGAGUCAGGAGCCUCUUCCUGAUGAUGAUGAAGAGUUUGAGCUGCCUGAGUACGUGGAGCCUUUCCUCAAAGAGACCCCACUCUACACAGACAACACAGCUAACGGCAUUGCUUUGCUGUGGGCGCCAAGACCCUUCAACCUCCGAUCUGGACGCACAAGACGUGCCAUUGACAUCCCCCUGAUCAAGAAUUGGUACCGUGAGCACUGCCCUGCUGGACAGCCAGUGAAAGUUCGUGUGUCAUACCAGAAACUGCUCAAGUACUACGUGCUCAACGCUCUCAAACACAGACCACCAAAGGCCCAGAAGAAGAGGUAUCUGUUCCGUUCAUUCAAGGCCACCAAGUUCUUCCAGUCCACAAAGCUAGACUGGGUGGAGGUGGGUCUGCAGGUGUGCAGACAGGGCUACAACAUGCUCAAUCUGCUUAUCCACCGUAAGAACCUCAACUACCUGCAUUUGGACUACAACUUCAACCUGAAGCCUGUCAAGACGCUGACCACAAAGGAACGAAAGAAGUCCAGAUUUGGCAAUGCAUUCCACCUGUGCAGAGAGGUGCUGCGUCUGAGCAAGCUGGUGGUGGACAGCCAUGUUCAGUACAGACUGGGAAAUGUUGAUGCCUUCCAGUUGGCUGAUGGGUUGCAGUACAUCUUCGCUCAUGUGGGUCAGUUGACAGGCAUGUAUCGCUACAAAUACAAGUUGAUGAGACAAAUCCGAAUGUGCAAAGAUCUCAAGCAUCUCAUCUACUACCGCUUUAACACUGGCCCUGUUGGCAAGGGUCCAGGUUGUGGCUUCUGGGCUCCAGGCUGGAGAGUGUGGCUGUUCUUCAUGAGAGGAAUCACUCCACUGUUGGAGAGGUGGCUGGGAAAUCUGCUGGCCAGGCAGUUUGAAGGCCGUCAUUCAAAGGGCGUAGCCAAGACAGUGACCAAACAGCGAGUGGAGUCUCACUUUGACCUGGAGCUGCGUGCUGCUGUGAUGCACGACAUCUUGGACAUGAUGCCUGAGGGCAUCAAACAGAACAAGGCCAGGACAAUCCUACAGCACCUCAGUGAGUCCUGGAGGUGCUGGAAGGCCAACAUCCCCUGGAAGGUGCCUGGCCUUCCCACGCCCAUUGAGAACAUGAUCCUGCGCUAUGUGAAGGCCAAAGCUGACUGGUGGACAAACACGGCCCACUACAACCGUGAGCGAAUACGUCGUGGAGCCACUGUGGAUAAGACGGUGUGCAAGAAGAACCUGGGGAGAUUGACUCGUCUGUAUCUGAAGGCUGAGCAGGAGAGACAACACAACUACCUGAAGGAUGGUCCCUACAUCACAGCUGAAGAGGCAGUCGCCAUUUACACCACCACUGUUCACUGGCUGGAGAGUCGGAGAUUCUCACCCAUCCCGUUCCCUCCACUGUCCUACAAACACGACACCAAACUGCUCAUUCUGGCCCUGGAGAGGCUCAAGGAGGCAUACAGUGUGAAGUCUCGUCUGAACCAGAGUCAGAGGGAGGAGCUAGGGCUGAUUGAGCAGGCAUACGACAAUCCUCACGAGGCCUUGUCCAGGAUUAAACGUCACCUUCUCACUCAGAGAGCCUUCAAAGAGGUGGGCAUUGAGUUCAUGGACUUGUACAGUCAUCUGGUGCCUGUAUAUGAUGUGGAGCCCCUGGAGAAGAUUACUGAUGCCUACCUUGACCAGUACCUGUGGUACGAAGCAGACAAACGACGCUUGUUCCCACCCUGGAUUAAACCUGCUGACACUGAACCUCCACCACUGCUGGUCUACAAAUGGUGUCAAGGCAUAAACAACCUGCAGGAUGUGUGGGAGACUGCUGAGGGGGAGUGUAACGUCAUGCUGGAAUCUCGAUAUGAAAAGAUGUACGAGAAGAUCGAUCUGACACUGCUUAACAGGCUGCUGCGACUUAUUGUUGAUCACAACAUAGCUGAUUACAUGACUGCCAAGAACAACGUGGUCAUCAACUACAAGGAUAUGAACCACACCAACUCCUACGGCAUCAUCAGAGGGCUGCAGUUUGCCUCAUUCAUUGUUCAGUACUACGGCCUGGUGAUGGACCUGCUGGUGCUCGGCCUGCAUCGUGCCAGUGAAAUGGCCGGUCCUCCUCAGAUGCCCAACGACUUCCUGAGUUUCCAGGACACCGCCACAGAGAGCGCCCACCCGAUCCGACUCUACUGCCGCUACAUUGACCGCAUCCACAUCUUCUUUAGGUUUUCUGCUGAUGAAGCCAGAGAUCUGAUUCAGAGAUAUCUCACAGAGCACCCAGACCCCAACAAUGAGAACAUCGUGGGCUAUAACAACAAGAAGUGCUGGCCCCGUGACGCCCGCAUGAGACUGAUGAAGCAUGAUGUCAACCUUGGACGUGCUGUGUUCUGGGACAUUAAGAACCGCCUGCCCAGAUCAGUGACCACAGUUCAGUGGGAGAACAGCUUUGUGUCAGUCUACAGCAAAGACAACCCUAAUCUGCUGUUCAACAUGUGCGGCUUUGAGUGCCGCAUCCUGCCUAAAUGUCGCACCAGCUAUGAAGAGUUCACGCACAAGGACGGAGUGUGGAACCUGCAGAAUGAGGUAACCAAAGAGAGGACAGCCCAGUGCUUCCUGCGUGUUGACGAUGAAUCCAUGCAGCGCUUCCACAACAGAGUGCGGCAGAUCCUGAUGGCUUCUGGAUCCACCACGUUCACUAAGAUUGUGAACAAAUGGAACACAGCUCUGAUUGGACUGAUGACAUACUUCCGUGAGGCCGUGGUGAACACACAGGAGCUCUUGGACCUGCUGGUUAAGUGUGAGAACAAGAUCCAGACCCGUAUAAAGAUUGGCUUGAACUCCAAAAUGCCAAGCCGCUUCCCUCCGGUGGUCUUCUACACUCCCAAAGAGUUAGGAGGCCUUGGCAUGUUGUCCAUGGGCCAUGUGCUCAUCCCACAGUCAGACCUGCGGUGGUCCAAGCAGACAGAUGUGGGUAUCACCCACUUCAGGUCUGGAAUGAGCCACGAAGAAGACCAACUGAUUCCUAAUCUGUAUCGCUACAUUCAACCGUGGGAGAGCGAGUUCAUCGAUUCUCAGAGAGUUUGGGCAGAGUAUGCUCUCAAAAGACAGGAAGCCAUCGCCCAGAACAGGCGUCUGACGCUUGAAGAUUUGGAGGACUCGUGGGACAGAGGAAUCCCCCGUAUCAACACUCUGUUCCAGAAGGACAGGCACACACUGGCCUAUGACAAAGGCUGGAGAGUCAGGACAGAUUUCAAGCAGUAUCAGGUGUUGAAGCAGAAUCCCUUCUGGUGGACCCACCAGAGGCAUGAUGGUAAACUGUGGAACCUGAACAACUACCGCACAGACAUGAUCCAGGCUUUGGGUGGCGUGGAGGGCAUCCUUGAACACACUCUCUUCAAAGGCACUUACUUCCCAACUUGGGAGGGUCUCUUCUGGGAAAAGGCCAGUGGUUUUGAGGAGUCCAUGAAAUGGAAGAAACUGACAAAUGCCCAGAGGUCUGGUCUGAAUCAAAUCCCCAAUCGUCGCUUCACUCUUUGGUGGUCGCCCACCAUCAACAGGGCAAACGUGUACGUGGGUUUCCAGGUGCAGCUUGACCUCACUGGAAUCUUCAUGCAUGGCAAGAUCCCCACACUGAAGAUCUCUCUCAUUCAGAUCUUCAGAGCUCACUUGUGGCAGAAGAUUCAUGAGAGCAUUGUCAUGGAUCUCUGUCAGGUGUUUGAUCAGGAGCUGGAUGCCCUAGAGAUUGAGACAGUGCAGAAGGAAACCAUCCACCCCAGGAAGUCUUACAAGAUGAACUCAUCCUGUGCAGACAUCCUCCUCUUUGCAUCGUACAAGUGGAACGUCUCACGACCAUCUCUACUUGCUGACUCAAAGGAUGUGAUGGACAGCACCACCACGCAAAAGUACUGGAUCGACAUUCAGCUCCGCUGGGGUGACUAUGAUUCUCAUGACAUCGAGCGCUACGCUAGAGCCAAGUUCCUGGACUACACCACUGACAACAUGAGUAUCUACCCAUCUCCCACUGGGGUGCUCAUUGCUAUCGACCUGGCCUACAACCUCCAUAGUGGCUAUGGUAACUGGUUCCCUGGAAGCAAGCCCCUGAUCCAGCAGGCCAUGGCCAAAAUCAUGAAGGCCAACCCCGCCCUGUAUGUGCUCAGGGAGCGCAUUCGCAAAGGUCUCCAGCUGUACUCCUCUGAGCCCACUGAGCCGUACCUGUCCUCGCAGAACUAUGGUGAACUCUUCUCCAACCAGAUCAUCUGGUUUGUCGAUGACACCAAUGUGUACCGAGUCACCAUCCACAAGACCUUUGAGGGUAACUUGACCACGAAGCCCAUCAAUGGAGCAAUCUUCAUCUUCAACCCCAGGACCGGUCAGCUCUUCCUCAAGAUCAUUCACACUUCUGUGUGGGCGGGACAGAAACGUCUGGGACAGCUGGCCAAGUGGAAGACAGCUGAAGAAGUGGCUGCCCUGAUUCGCUCUCUUCCUGUUGAAGAGCAGCCAAAACAGAUUAUUGUAACCAGGAAAGGCAUGUUGGAUCCUCUUGAGGUCCACUUGCUUGACUUCCCCAACAUUGUCAUCAAAGGCUCUGAGUUGCAGCUGCCUUUCCAGGCUUGCCUAAAAGUGGAGAAGUUUGGAGAUUUAAUCCUGAAGGCCACAGAGCCUCAGAUGGUGCUGUUCAAUCUCUAUGAUGACUGGCUUAAGACCAUCUCAUCUUACACAGCCUUCUCUCGACUCAUCCUGAUCCUCAGAGCUCUCCACGUCAACAAUGAUCGUGCCAAGGUCAUCCUAAAACCUGACAAAACAACCAUCACCGAGCCUCAUCACAUCUGGCCCACGCUCACAGAUGAGGAGUGGAUCAAGGUGGAAGUGCAGCUCAAAGACCUAAUUCUGGCAGAUUAUGGCAAAAAGAAUAAUGUCAACGUGGCCUCGCUCACACAGUCUGAGAUCCGUGACAUCAUCCUUGGUAUGGAGAUCUCUGCACCGUCACAGCAGCGUCAGCAGAUUGCUGAGAUUGAGAAGCAGACCAAAGAGCAGUCACAGCUUACGGCCACACAGACGAGAACUGUCAACAAACACGGUGACGAGAUAAUCACCUCUACCACCUCCAACUAUGAGACCCAGACUUUCUCCUCCAAGACCGAGUGGAGAGUCAGGGCCAUUUCUGCUGCUAAUCUCCAUCUCCGAACAAACCACAUCUACGUGUCUUCUGAUGACAUCAAAGAGACGGGUUACACCUACAUCCUGCCCAAGAACGUCCUCAAGAAGUUCAUCUGUAUCUCAGAUCUGAGAGCACAGAUUGCUGGCUACCUUUAUGGCACUAGCCCACCAGACAACCCCCAGGUAAAGGAGAUCCGUUGUAUCGUCAUGGUUCCACAAUGGGGUACACACCAGACCGUUCACUUGCCCAACCAGCUGCCUGGCCAUGAAUAUCUUAAAGAAAUGGAACCCCUUGGCUGGAUCCACACUCAACCCAAUGAGUCACCGCAGCUGUCCCCACAAGAUGUCACCACCCAUGCAAAGAUCAUGGCUGACAACCCCUCCUGGGAUGGAGAAAAGACCAUCAUCAUUACUUGCAGCUUCACCCCUGGCUCGUGCACGCUCACAGCCUACAAGCUGACCCCCAGCGGUUAUGAGUGGGGCAGACAAAACACAGACAAGGGAAACAACCCCAAAGGCUACCUGCCGUCCCACUAUGAGAGAGUGCAGAUGCUGCUCUCUGAUCGCUUCCUUGGCUUCUUCAUGGUGCCUGGCCAGGUGUCCUGGAACUACAACUUCAUGGGUGUGCGCCAUGACCCCAACAUGAAGUAUGACCUGCAGCUCGCAAACCCCAAGGAGUUCUACCAUGAAGUCCACCGGCCUUCGCACUUCCUGAACUUUGCCUCACUGCAGGAGGGUGAGAUCUACAACGCAGACCGAGAGGACAUGUACGCCUGAGAGCAGACAUUCUGCCCUUGAUACAUUUGGUGGACAGCACUGUAGCAAAUCACGUGGAGUCUGUCCAAACUAGCCCCUGUGAUAAUUCCACAGAACACACCUAACUAUGAUGUUUGGGAUUUUUUAUGUAAAGGCUGUAGGAAAUUUUAAUGAGUGUUCCUCUUUUUUGAUACUUUCUAAAGAUGUUUUUUCUUUUGUUUCCUGCCAUUUCCUGUUAUGAAUGUCAGGCUAUGGCAUUUUUGUGACUUCUGAGAAAUACAAACUUCUUUGCAUUUGUGUGUAGAUUCAGUUCAGAACUUCAGUGUAUUAUUUGAUACAAAAGAGUGAAAGAUGUACUUCCCCAGAGCCAUUUUGAGAAAUGAAAUUGAAAGUUGUAUUUCCAUGCCAGCAAUGCUCUUUUACUAUGUAUACUGUACAUGUCUGUGACAUUGUAGCUUGGCUUUAAAUAAACACCACAAUUUCCUUACA